CACUCUGCUGAAUCGCUGGUGUUCCGUACAAGUUUGGGUGUUGCGUGGCUAUGCCCCACGUCAAUGGUGUCUUAGUCGAUGCCAAAUUGUCCGACAGUAUUGUUCUGGAAUAUUGGUCGGCCUGUGGGGCGAUUGCAAAGUGAAUGUGUGCUAUGAAACUUCUUCCCGGCUGUAAGUUAUAUACCUCGACGGUUUCUUGGAGGCAAUUAUAGGACUUGCUGGUCUCGCAGAGCUGAGUCCUUUGACAUGUCUAGAACACGACAAGAUGAUACGCCAACUGAUGUUGCAGUCGAACGAAGCCACGAUCUAUCGGAAGUCCAGAUCAAACGGGCAACGCGCACACGCAAGAUAUUUGCACUGCUGAGCUCUUUUUGUCUGUUACUCACGGUAAUCUUCCUUAUUCUGGUCGAAGUAGGCGGUACUACUACUUCGUCAGUUCGAACGCAAAUAUACUUCAUCAACCUCGACCUGAGCAAUAUUGUCCCGCUCAGCGUGCCUAAUGCACCUCUUCUAAACUCAAUUGCGCGGACGCUUGGAUUACACGAUUUUUAUCGCGUCUACUUGUGGGGAUUUUGCGAAGGAUACAAUGGCGAAGGUGUGACCAAGUGCUCUGACCCAGAAACCUUGUAUUCUUUCAAUCCAGUCGAGAUCCUGAGAAGCGAGUUGCUCGCAGGUGCCAGCAUUCAGCUGCCCGCAAACAUCAACGACAUCCUUGACCUCAUCCGGCUGGUCUCGCACUGGAUGUUUGGGCUUUUCCUUUCUGGCGCUGUACUCUCUUUCGUUCUGAUCUUCGUGGUACCUUGGGGCAUAUACAGUCGAUGGGCUUCACUUCCCAUUUCGAUCCUCGCUUUCACGAAUGCUUUGAUCAUAACGGUAGCAUGUGUAAUUGCAACGGUCAUGUUCGUCAUCUUCAAAAAUGUCAUCGCAGGAGUAUCGGAGCUCAACAUCAGAGCAAGUAUCGGUGUUGAAAUGUUUGCAUUCAUGUGGAUUGCGUCUGGAUUCGCGAUAAUCACCUGGCUCAUUCACUUAGGUCAAUGCUGUUGCUGCGCAUCGAGGAGAGAUGUGAGGACAGGUCGAAGGAAAGGAAAUAAAAAGGCAUAUGAGCCCAGUGGGAACGUGGGGACCGAGAAGCCAUCAAGCCGUAUGAGGAGAAGAUUUUGGAAGAGGUCUAGUUAAAUGAGGGAGAGUUCUCAGGAGCUCCCAUCGUGUCUGGAAUGCGCCUUUGCCUUACGGUUGCGAAUAUGUCCAAAUAUCCCUUUCGGGUAUUCUGAGGCAAUGUACUGAGAUAGAGUAAAUUUAAUAUUGUUGAC